UGGAGCAGUCUGAGACACAUGAGACGAUGUGUCUGUAGUGUGUGAAAGCAGCAGCUACUCUGCUUUUCUUCUUCAUACCUGAGAAUUUAAGGUUUAAUAGCACCCAUCAGGUCUUCACACCAAAAGUUCAUGUGAGGACGGUGGUGGAUUUAGGAAUGAGCAAGAGGGGGAGGAGGAGGAACAGCAAGAGGAGGAAGAGCUCCAGCAGCAGUAAACGGAGCGUCUCACCAAACAUCUUUCAAAAGCAGAACAAAAGUAACAGUGUCAGCUACAAAGAUGACAUUGUUGAAAAGGGUGAGUCGGACUCUCUUCGAAAGGAAAAUGUUCUGUCGGGAUCCGACGACGAGGAAAAAUACAACAAUGCUCCACCCAAGGUGAAACGAUUUAAACAGGAUUAUCGUGUGAAAUGGUAUCCAAAUCAAAGGAGAAUUUAUACCAAAACAACAGAGGACAAAGACAAAGGAGUGAGGACAGUAACGUCGGUGUCUGUCGAUGACGUGGAAGAUUCAUCCCCAAAGAUCAUUGUCGAACAGUCACACGAACCUUUACCUGAAAAUCUAACAUCAACACCAGUUACUAACAUCAUGACAAUCAACUGCACCGGGUCACAUGUGAAACUUGAAAUUCAAGAAAUUGUACAAGAGAACACUCCCGGCAUCAAGACCACGUUUGUUUUCAUGAAUGAAAAGGGGGCCUGUGCUGAGACGUUUUUUAAGAGCAGAGAGACGUGGGUACCGAAUAACGAGUCGUCUGAGCAGCCGUCACAAAAUGUCACUGAUCACGAUCAAAACACAAAUUACAGAUUCACCUUUGGCAACGUAAGUGAACAAACAGAUUCUCAUAGUGAUUCUGUCAAUCCAACAAACAUAGGGGACAAUCCAAACUACUCUCAAUGCAACGGCGAUCCCAAUCCACUAAUAUCAACAGACUUUAUAUGGAAGAGGAAACAAUAUCCCAUCAGUAGAGAUCAGUUCUGGGACAUCCCUCCACCCCAAGACUUUGCGGACAUUAAAUAUAACACUUUGGAGGACCUAACACAUGACCUGGCUUCCUGCAGGAUUAGCGCUCGUAAUCCUGUUGACGAACAUCUAAGGGAAUUUCACCCGACACCUACUGAAAACGAAGAACCCCCUUUUUCUGGAGAUGAAGAGGAAAGAGCGGAUCUGGCACCUUCGUUCGAUCAAUUAUCAGAAAACUAUGAGCACACGCUCAUGAGGCCCUCAGUGUCGACCAACAGGUCCAGCUUCACCAAAGACUUCAUCAACUGUCAAAAGAGGAAAUCCUGGAUUAGACACAACAGUAUCGCCACCGUGGAACACAGAGCGUGUUUGUACCCGAGGAAAAGACGCCAAACGUUCCCCAGGAUGUCGGAGGGUCUCGGAUUAAUGCAAGAAGAUCCUCUGUUUCCUUCUACAGAGUGGUUUUCCUCUUUGAGCGUGUGCUCGCCUCUUCUCCAAACUGAGAGGAUUCAUCACGGCGCUGACUAUAAUUCUUCACAAACCAAGGGAAGUUCCAAACCUGUCUCAGAAAGCCAAAACAGCCACGAUCAAAAUCAACCGUUGCCCAGUCCGCUCUAUAUGAGCAGCUCCGAGGAUAAUCCUGAUGAUAUGUUCAAGGUAAACAAUGAACGAAGACGAAGCAGCGUCAGAUACCAUCCGAAAGAUCUCAGACGACAGGAUUUGGACUUAAAACUGAGCAGUUUUAAGGACAUGGAAAGUCUGGACACUGUUGCAGACAGUGGAUUUGACCAAGAAAUGGGGGAAGUAGAAUAUCACAGCCCAGAGCGCCUUGCAGUGGAGCUCAGUCUUAGAGCCCUCGCUGUACAAGUCAUCCCUCCGUCCUGCAGCGGCACAGAUGAACAAAUGCUACGGAGCCAUCCUGUACUCCACAAUGAUAAGGUUAAAUAUGAAAGCCGAGAGGAUUCAGUAGCCAAACAGAGUAAGUCCUCAGUCACGACACUCGAGCAAAGAUUCCUGCAGACGAACUCAUCAUUGGGUAUGGAAAAACACCCUAGAGCUGCUUUGGAAGACCCCUGCACAUCCCCUUUGCAGUGUGUCAAUUCAUUAAACACAAAUGAGGUUACAGAUGAGAUUGAACCUGAAAAAACAGGAAAUGCCAGCCCUUCUCUGACGCUAAUGACUGAGCAGACAAAUGAUCUGCAAUUGGACACAACAAGAACAAAGGAACCAGACAAACCUGCAUCAUGUCCUGCCAAAGGUUCAACAGAGGCAGAAAUCCAUACAAAAGAGCAGCUCAGUAAAACGGACAAAGCAGAUAAACAGUUUGUAUUCGGACCUUCCUUAGAGGCAAAGGAGCAUCCGAAACCUGUGGUUCACAGAGAUCCAGACAGCAGUGGUUCUGGUUCUGACCACUUGACCAAGAGGCGAAAUCUCUUCAAGGAGAGCAAGCAGUGGGGCUCUGCUGGAGGAAGCUCGAUUACCAGCGACAUCACAGAGGAAUCAGUAUCGGAGGAUACUCGCUCUAAUGACAUAACAGUUCAAGACAAAGAAGACAGGGGCUUUUACACGGAGACGUUCCACUCGUCAGCAUGGAUUUACCAAGGAGACGAUGUCGAACCAGGGGCCGUUCCUCCCAGCCUCAAUAGCAGAACUCGAGUUGUCUCAAUUCGUGAGAGGACUGUGAAGAUCAGGAGAGGGACAGGAGAGUAUCCUUGGGGCUUUCGAAUCCAGUUUUCUAAACCCAUUGUGGUCACAGAGGUUGACACAAAUGGGGCUGCUGAAGAAGCGGGGUUGAUGGUCGGAGACUCUGUCCUCGCUGUCAAUGGAACUGAUGUCACCAGCAUUCCUCAUUCUGAGGCUGCUGAGUUGGCCAGGCAAGGCCCAGAUGUUCUCACGUUGACUAUUGGGUCAGACAUCGCCCGCGGUCCGAACACCCCCAGACCAGCAUGUCGUGGUUAUCUUCACAAGCGUACCCAGUCUGGCCUGUUUAAAGGCUGGAGGAAGAGGUGGUUCGUACUCACACAUAACUGCUGCCUGUUCUACUACAGACACAAACGGGAUGAAGGCAAGAGGCAGAAUUUGUCAGCAGUGAAACUGGAAGGGGCUGAGGUGGGACCCGACAUUUCUCUGGGAAAACCAUUUGUGUUCAAGUGCCGCCCGCAGUCUGGUAACCGAGUGUACUUCUUCUGUGCCAUCUCCAACCAGGAGAUGAAAAGGUGGCUGGAAGCGAUGGAGAGAGCCAUUCAUCCCAUCACACAGAACCACGUGUGGAUGGAUGUCACCAAACACAACUCUAAUCUGCCCCCGCUGGCUGUGAAGAACCCGGAGUGUCUCGGAUUGCUUCACAAAAUGGACAAAAACCUGGACAUGUGGGUCCAGCACUACUGCAUUCUGAAGGACGGCUGCCUCUCCUUGUACAGCGGUAUCCGCGCAACUCAUGCACUUGGUGGGAUCUACCUUCAGGGGUACAUUGUGCGAGAGCAGCCCUAUGGAUCUAAGAAAUCCACCAUUGAGCUGAAACCUCCGUCUGAUGAGUUCAAGACUUUCCACCUCUGUGCUGAAAAUCCUACUGAGAAUAAACGAUGGAUCAUAGCGAUCAAAGCUUCAUUAAGGAAGUGGCUGCCUUUACAUCUGGUCAUUAAGGAGUUCAGGAGCCGACCAUCAGAAGAGACCAGAAUGUGAGACACCGUGUGAAUAUUGACAGCAGUCGGACUCAUCCUGUGGAUCUUUGUUAUGGUGGAUGAUUUCACAUGGUGGAUGUGUUGUAUACUGCUGGAAUUUCCAAAAAUCGUUCUGUUUGUGAUAUGACGUACUGGCAUUUCUAUGCUUUUAUACUGAUUAUGUACUACUGUGUUUUUUUUUUUUUUUUUACUGCUACACUGCAAAACUUUUAGAAUAUAAAUGUACUCAUGCUUUUUGUACUCACGCAUAACAGAUAGUAAUGCAUCAAUGUGUAAGCCAAAUAAAUUCUAUAAU